CUUAAUAAGCGCAGCAUCUCUAGCGUCAGCAGUGGAGCCUGUGCUUGCCCUAAGUCUUCUGUAUCCUCGAAAAGGGCCUAAUAUAGAACGAUGGGUAACUGCUAUCUUGUAAAUUCUUAAACCAAGCGAUGAUGAAUGUCUGAGCAUGAGAAGAAAUUAAUGAGGAAGAAUGGCCACAGCGUUUGGUCAGUACUACUGUAAUGGAGGGCGGCCAGAAUGAUGAUGUGCCGAGGUCUUGUUCCUUGCUAAACACUAAUCCUUCGAUUUUCUGUGGACCAUGUUUUUAUGAUGAGAGUCCUGAUAUUUCCUCGACAGCAGAUGCGGUAUCUACGCCUAGCCCUUGCGGGACUCUGGCUGCCAAAACUGCUCCAAUGGCGAAAGAGAACUCAAUCGGGAUAUGUGCAGUGUCUUCAGAACAAUCUGGCCCCCCUAUGACUUAUGUGACAUCUCUUCCGGGUACAACUGCAGAUAGUUAUAGGCCGUCUGAUUCAACUGCUUCUACUCUCGAUCACUCUGCUUCAUUUACGACCGAGGCGCAGUCACCGUUGAAUCAAAAUCUCAACAUUCAAGACUCUGCUUCCGAGUCUUCAAGUCUUUCUGUGCUUACUCUAUCCCCAGUGCUCAAUCCAGAAAACGUGGAUCAUUCAUUGCAUGAUGCCAGAGAUCCAAAUUCUUCAUCGCUUUCUCACAUACUCAGUACAGAUUUUGAAGCUCAUCCAACAAGCAAUGCUCCGAAUUUUACCGACAAUUACUCCUCACCUCCGUCACCUCAGUUGUCUCCAGAUACUCUCUCAGAAGGUCGAUCGAGCUUUGUUGAAGAUUCGAUAGCUACGAACAGCUCCCGACUGACUGGUCAACAGCUUCAAAUAUUCAAUUUGCCUUCGUCAACCACUUCUCGUGAAGCGCUCAUCUUUUCGCUCUCUUCUCCUUCUGCAACAGUUCCUGCUAUCAAAAGUUUGUCAGUAAAUGAGAUCAUGCUACCUGAGGGAUAUAAUAAUCCUGACCUCUACCAAAAUGCCCAUCGUGACUACCCAACGAUGGAACCUCCUUCGAUUGGAAGUCAGCGACUAUCAGUUACCACUAAUUUCAGUCUCGAACUUUCCCCACACUCACCUCCCUCUGCUCCUCGGCCUGCCUUGAUGACACUUCCCAACUCUGGACCAGAACACGAUAUUCCUGCCAUAGGGGCACUGACCUCUAUGCACAACUUACUGACCUCCUUAUCGCAAGAUCAAAUAUCAGGUCCUACAUUUAACACCAAGAAUGAUGCUCAGGAAGACGAGUCCGGGUAUGCUCACUGCAAGAGUGGUCCUGAGUAUUCUACACUCGAACCAAUGUUACCCAGCUCUUCUCCCGAUAAUACCGUGCUCACAUCAUCAUCGCCGCCCAAUUCAAGCCCUCCCCAACUAUUCUCGUCUUCUCCUUCUGGGACCCCUACGACGAUGCCAAUGUCAAUAGUUACUGAAAGACGAUCACCACCACCUGUCUUCCUACACCGCUCUUAUCCGAAAAAUGCCGGAGCUGUAUCGUCUCCAGAUCAACAGGUCCUUUCUCAAGAGUUUGAACCAAUAUCUCCACUGCUUUUUGCACAAUUCGACGACCAGGACGCGAAUAACUUGAUGCGGUCAAACCCUGUAAAUGACGAAUUUACUCUUGAUAAUUCCAGUGAACCGGACUCGGUACGUCCUACAUCAGCCUACAUCUUGGCUCGACUUUUAUGCUAAAAGUAGUUAUCAUAGAUGGUUUAUCACACUGCUUUACCCAUCACAAGUUCUCCGAUGCCAUCUUCGUCUCCUAAGCAUGAAACCCCAAUAAAGGCAACAUCAUCCUCCCCGGGAUCCACCCACCCUGUCGGGUCACCCACUAUGGCAUUUUCCUCUCCACCGAGGAAGAGGAAGCGCGACCGUGAAGAAGAGGUCUCUCGAUCACUUCCAGGGUCUCCGGUAAAACGUCUGGUGAGCUUGACUGCUUCUCGUGAGA